UACGUGAUAGACGGUUCGCCGAAGCCCGGCAAAGUGGCGGAAAUGCGACGGAAAGGAAACAAUCGUUUGGUGCCGUUUCCGACGACGGUGCCGCCGCCGCCGAACGCCGCCUUGGACGGCUACGAGUCGGCGUCUCCUCGACUGAGUCCAGAGCCGUUGCAAUUGCGGACUUCCGUGGGCGGCAAUUUCGUGUUUCCCGGGGAGUCCCUCGUUUCUCCUGUCGACUACGCCAAAGUGAGAUACCAACAUGCCCAGGAGCAAGACCGACUGCGGGUGGAAUCUGUGAGAACGUCUCGGGCUCUGAGUCCGAAUUCCUUGAACCUGGUGUCCGAAACCAGAUCCAGGUUCGAGACGAAAGAACCCAGUCCCGUUCAUCCGAGUGAUGUCUGGACGAUUCACGACGGGCCAACGGCUGAAUCCACUUCGCAAAUGGCCGAGUGGUUUCGGCGGAAAGCCGCGAGGAAAGGGAAUCUGCCGCAUCCGGAGUUGACAGAGCAGCAGAGACAACAUAUCAAAGAGCGGUCCAUGUCGCCGACCACGUAUUACAAUGCCGCGGGUGUGCCAAUUCGACCCUUUCUAACCAGAGGCUCGGUCGCAGAGCGUGUGCUAAUUUUUGAAAAGUGUCCCACCGAGGUCAGAGACAGAACCGGCGCUGGAAGUCUGGGAACGUGGAGAACGAACGAGGUUCAAAGCAGAGCACAGGGGGACGAGUACACGGUCAACACCGGGUGGCCCGGUGUUGACCACGUAACUCGUGUUCAUAUUCUAAUGGCCACCAGGAAGUUGUUUAACUAG